AUGGUUGAGGAGUGCAAUCAUACAACAGUGACUGCUUGGAAAACUAGUGAAUUGGAGCCUCAGCCAGGGCCUAGCGGUGUACGUAAACGUACAUUAACUUCAUUUGAUGAGUGGGCGGAACAUUUGAAUAAGCAACGACUAUUGUUCAUUGAAAAUGAGCAAAUCGAUUAUUUGACAAUAGAGGAGCGGAAAGUCCUUUAUACAGCAUGUCAGGUGGUGCCAACGGUAGAUCCAUCGUACGUUUACAAUCUGAUUACAACCAAAUAUAUGAGCAGCAUAGAAACCAUUGUUGAGCAUCUUUUCAGAGACAACUAUCCGACAAUUAAGCAACGUAUACGUCGUGAGUGCAUGGAACUACGUCGCAAAGCUUAUCUUGGUGAAAAUGGAGAACCGUUUGAUUUUGUUCAAUUUCUUACGAUAUAUCCUAAUCCAGAAAUAUUGUUCGAGAAAAAGCGCAAAACGGAUGAAAUUUAUAUGAAACAUGCUAUGGCUUUUUUGUCGCGAAAAUUUGAACAGUAUGAUAUGAAAUUCUUGAAAAAAGUUUUUACCAACUGUAAAAAACAGCUAUUACCCGCUUAUAGAAUCUUGAAGAAACACGCUGAGGCAUUCGCAAAAGGUGAAAAUGCUCCUCAUUUCAUCACGAACGCUCGUAUUAAAGUGAAAUUCAGACGAAUAUCUGACAGCGGGAAAGUGCCGGAGUAUCCGGAUUCACUAGAUGAAUUAUUUUUCCGAGAAGCACAAUACUGCUUACAUGAAGACGAAAUAUUAAAUUACAAAGCAAACCAUGCUGCAAAACGAAAGGAAGCAUUAGAGCAUGCGGAGCGGAAUGGCUUACUGAAAGGAUGCAUCAUUUGUUGCGAGGAUCGUUAUUUGGAUGAAGAUAUGAUCAAAUGUAACAAUGGAAAUCAUGAAUUUUGUAAGGAUUGUGUAAAACAACAUGCAGAAGCUCAGAUUGGCGAUGGUUCGUUCAACUUUUGA